UGCAUUUAAAGGAACACGCCCACAUUUUGGGAAAUUAGCUUAUUCACCGUAUCCCCCAGAGUUAGAUAAGUCCAUACAUACCUCUCUCAUCUCCGUGCGUGCUGUAACUCUGUCUGACGCAGCCCCCGCUAGCUUAGCUUAGCACAAAGACUGGAAAUGCAUGGCUCCAGCUAGCAAACUGCUCCCAAAAAGUGACAAAAUAACGCGGACAUUUUCCUAUUUAUGUGUUGUAAUUUGUAUAGUCACAUCGUGUACAAAUAACAAGCUCGUAUGAGACACGGACAUCUUUUAGUCGUAUAUUGCUGGGAACUAUAUAUUCUCAGGCGCAGCGCUGCUGCUGGGGCGGAGUGAUUUGCUCGCAGCACCUGAGUGAGACCCGUUGUUAGUUCCGUCAACAAUUCUAACGUGACUGGAUAUCAUGGCGGAUUAUGAGGAAUUGUCAGAGUAUUUUUACUUGGUAUCACACCAAGAUCCAGAACCGUAUCGUUUUGAGCCGGAAUACACUGACGAGGAGUUACAAACUUUGGAAGCUGAUAGACAAGUUGUCGAACAGACUGAGGUCGAGGGGAGAAUCAGAACGAACACGAACUGGUGGUGUAAAUGUGGAACAUGCCAACCUAUGAUGACAGAAGCCGAGUGCCUUUGUUGUUGUGAAUGGGACCAGGUAUUGCCAUCGAUGGCGAGGCUUGAUGAAGAUGAAAAUAUUUGCGUCACUACCACGCAGGAUUUCUCUGCCCUAAUACACCCGGCAGUUGUCGAUUUUUUUUCCCGUUGUGACAAGAUAAACUGGAAGAAACGCCCCAUGCCGAGUGAACCUAAUGGGCAGCUGACCAACAAUCAAUACAGGUUGGUGUCCUACCGCAUAGUUUUGGAGUGGGCCCUGAAGGGAGAAACUUUGGGUAGAAGCAAUCGUAAACCAUUGCCAUCAUGUGUGGUUGGUGUCAUUCGAAGAAAAUAUCCCUCAGAGACUGGUGUCUAUGUUGGAUUUCAAGAGGCGGAGGAGGCAAUUGAAAUGUUGUAACCAAGUUCCAUCCUUUGACCUCUUACAAGACACCAGAGCUGUAUUUUAUCUUGAAAAUGUGUAUCUUGAUUUGUUUUAUUUACUGUAAUAUUUUAUACUUCAAAUACAUUAUUGCAACAUCUA